AUGGCCAAACACAAAAUAUCUCCAAACAAGAACUUGCUUGAGACACAGUUCACUCUUCUACUCUGCUGCAUGGCCAUCACCACCGGCAUAUGUCCAUCACCAAACCAACCCCCACCUCUCCCCACACUCUCACUCCCAACCCUCACACCACUCAAAACCAACUUGCCUUUUCCCUCCUCCAAGUUUGGCGCCAACUUAGUCUCCAAUGAUACAUUGGUCCAUGGGGCUGCCGCGGAGGCAGUGGCGCUGGCACGCGCUGUGGCGGAAGUGACCAGAGAUGCGGCGGCGGUGAGAGUUGGGAGUAGUGAGGUUUGGAGUUGCAAUGAGAGUGGUGGUGGAAUGAUGGUGAGGAGGAAGAAGAGGAGGCGGAGGAGGAGAAAAGGGUUGGAGUGUUUUGAUGAUGAGGAGAGAAACAGGGAGCUUGAAGAUGGGAGGUUCUCAUUUGGGGUUGUGAGCUAUGGUUAUCUCAGCCCAAGAGAAGAGGCAGACUGCUGUAUGAGUCUAAAGGAGGGGGCAAAACUAGAAUCUGAAAGAACAAGAUUCACAGAAGCUCAGGAGCAUGAGCCAACCUCGAAACAGCUGGCUAAUGCGAUGAGGAUCAAGAUGAGUAGUAUAGACAAGGUUAUUUGUAACAGAAGAGAGUCACAAGAAAGGAUCAUCAAGAGCUAUAGGGGACUGGUUGUAUCUGUUGCCAGCAGUUAUCAAGGGAAAGGAUUAAGCUUACAGGACCUCAUUCAGGAAGGGAGCAUUGGACUUCUUCGAGGGGCAGAGAAGUUUGAUCCUGAGAGAGGAUUGAAACUAUCAACAUAUGUGUAUUGGUGGAUUAGACAAGCUAUCAUCAGAGCCAUAGAAAACAAGUCUAGAAUAAUCAGAUUACCUGGACACAUGUGUGGAGUGAUGGCAAAAAUCACAAGAGCUAAAAAAAAUUUCAACCAAAGAUUUCAACGGCUGCCUAGUCAUGAUGAAAUUGCUGAGAUGAUAAAUGUGCAAGCCUCAAUUGUAAGACUAGUUUGUGAGAGGAGCAGACUCCCUCUUUCAUUGGAUCGAGUGGUGACUGAUCAAGGUUGCAUGGCACUCCAGGAUAUCAUAAGAGGGCCGGAUGAGAUGAUGCCAGAAACUAUGCUUAAAAAACAGCUAAUGAAGCAAGAGAUGGAGAAGCUUCUAAAUAGAUUAAGUGACAGAGAAGCGGAAGUAUUAAGACUACACUUUGGGCUAAAUGGAGACACACCUCAGUCCUUCGAGGAGAUAGGAAGAUUGUUGAAACUUUCAAGGGAGAGAGUUCGACAGAUCAACAGCAUUGCAUUAUCAAAAUUAAAGCAGACAAGCACUUUGGAGGAUCUAAAAUUGUAUAUUGUAUAGUUUUUCUAUUAUUGAUGAACAGAGUAAGAAGCUAGAGAAAUGUAAAUAGUAAAAUUACAACCAAAAAAAGGGAAAGAAAUAAAGAUUAUACUCCUUUACUGCAUC